GCGUUGCCCUAAACCCCAAACAAUUUCUCCAGGCACAGCGUAGAUGGAACAUACGAGCACUGUUUAACACACACACACACGCAAGCGGCGAGCCGGCGACCUGGCGGACUGGGCGCGACGACGAGCUCAACACGUUCGCGGCCACGGCUUGGGCCACGGUAUGUUUCUCUGAAGCCCGCGUCACAGGCGCGGGACCCCAUACAUCCGGAGCACGCGAUGUAUGCAUGCGCGAUGUACCCAUCGGUACCGUAUCGGUCACCUUCUGCGACAACCUGAUGGCUCUGGCGGACGGCGGACCUGGUCAUGGAGUACGGCCCGGUCGCCGAGGCAUACAGCGCGGCACUACCCUGCACCUACCCGGCCCGUGGACUGGCUCUCAUCGCCAUUGGUGAGCCGCUGGGCAGCAUGGUCAAUGGCUGCGUGGUCCCGGGCAGAGUGCGCUGUGCGGUGGUUAGGGGGGGGGCAUGGCUGCCGAUGGCUGGAGCGUUUUCCCCUGCACGUCCAGCCAUACUGAGAGCAAGGCUAUCAGGAGCCAUGGGCGCCGAGGUAAACGUGGCGGCAUCAUUGAAGGACAAUCUUCGGGGGGGGGGGGUGCCGUCGAGUGGGCUCCUCGUCCGUGGGACAUGCUUUGCACGCAUGGUGCUGUCGUCGUGCUCAUCAGACGCAUGAGCUGUAAUGCGCAGUCUGUCCCCUAACCACGCAGUGUAGGGGGAGGCUGGCUAGGGGUCGCUGCAUCUUUGUAAGGGGCCGGGGCAUGUCACGUUCGGGCGCGGCACAUUCGUCACUGAUGGCCGGGAAGGGCGAGGUAUGGCGCAGUCUUGUUAUUGGCCUGCGGUUAUCGGCCACAAGCUGCACAUGCCCGCGCUUCGGUGCGCAUUGGGCGCGGCUGGUUUAGGGUGACCCGCCGAAGGAACCGACGAAGGGCGCUGACACGGCAGCUGGCGGGAUGUACUCCGCCGCCGCUGCGGUGUCGUCCACGCCCUGCUUGUGCCUCAUUUACGUGCGCGUGUUCUACGGGGGCUGUGCUGUAACGAGUUACGAUUGCCUCAUAUGGGGCGAUCUGGUGGUGGGGGGGCUCGUCAUUUUAUCGAGGCAGGGCAUUAACCGGGGCUGCUAUAGUUUGAGCACCUGCCGGUGCAUUGCCGCCACUUCAUACGGUUCG